ACCGAUUUAGCGUUACAGUUGCUUAGGCCUUGAAGAAAGAUGAGCAGGCGACUCGACGACGAAUUAUGUUAGAUUAGCAAAAUGUCGAAAAUAUUCUUGAUAUAAUGGAAUCAUCAGUAAGGCUCGGAGGACACGAAUCAACUAUUCUCACCAAUGCUUCCAACCACAUAACGAUAGUCUCUGAUUUGCCGUACAAAGCAAGGACCAGGACAAAUUUUGAGAGCUCUUCGUUAUCUGAAACAACUGGGAAGUACUUGAAGGGGUCGCGGCCAAUGCAUAGAACGACUCUGUGCUUUGAAGAUAAACCAUUUAAACUUGAAUACAUAACGUCAACACAAAAGGCACAUUCAAUAAAACAGAAUAUUCCAAGAAGCAGACCCCCGUACAAAUGCCAAUCAUUGCAUCAUUCACACUUCUCAAUUGGCACGACAGGAAGCCUUGAUCUGAACACACAAACAAUGACAUCCUUUGAGAAGAAGCCAUUGAUACCAGCUAGCAAGCUUCAUCAAGACAGAACAAGAUGGAAUGACCAAGUUGUUGCAGGUCAUCACAUGGAUAAAUCUUUAAGACAUAUUGGCUUUGAAAAGGUCACACAUGAAACAACAUAUGACAAUGUGCAUAAUCUUCUGGCCAAAAAAAUACCUUGUGGACUUCCAAGAAUCAAGAAGCAACCCGAAAAGUUUGAUAUAAUAUCUGGAGCCUAUAUUGGACCAGCAGCACAAACAUCACAUCGAUUGUGUUCAGGAAAUAAAGUGUUGCAGAGAACAAGACAAGAUACAAAUGAGAAUAUAUUUGGAUGAUUGGGAUUUAAAGGAAGUUUCUUACAUUUAAAUUGAAUUUCUUUUAUCUGUAAAAAGAGUAAAAUGUAGGUUGACUAUUAUAUCUGCAAUUUCAUUUAUCUGUACAGGUUAGUUUUCACACAAAAUUUCAAGCACUAUACUAAGCUUGUUAAGAAAAUGCAUAUAUUGUAUUAAUCCAGCAUUAGGCCAGUGGUUUUAAAUUAAUUUUUUUAUUCUUUUAGAGGACAAGGCUAAUAAUUAUUUUAUAUAUGUACUGCAUACUUUUUUACUAAAUUGUUAUCGUAGCGAGAAAUACUCGUUAAAAUAUUUAUAUCAU